AGCCGCUGUGCUAGCACUUCCCACCUGCUGCAGCUGGCUGGCUGACUGACUGACCAGCAGCUCUCAUCUCUGAUGCUCGCCUACAAACCCUGGACUUUAAAGGAAUAACACUCUAAUGUGAAGGAGAGAAAGGGGAACAGAAUGGAUUUGUUCGGGUUGUUGAGUGUAAACGAGCUGGCUGUAGCUCUGUCCAGUCUCAGCAUGUUUCCGUAUUUCGACGCUGCUCACUACAUCGUGUCCGUCAUGUCUUUACGGGAACAGCCAGGAGCAUUGGAAGUGUCGCGCCGCAGUCCUUUUGCGUGUUGGUUCAGUGCGAUGCUGUACUGUUUCGGAGGAGCUGUUCUCUCAGGAGUCAUCAUGGCUGAGGCUCCGAUCGAGCCGCUGGCCAACAGCACCAAUGUCCUGCUCGCCUCUUUAAUGUGGUACUUGGUGUUUUACUGUCCUCAGGAUGUGGUGUACUCCACUGCCUCCUUCCUGCCCAUCCGAUUGGUCCUCACGGCUAUGAAGGAAGUGACACGUACAUGGAAGGUUUUAGGUGGAGUUACACAGGCGAGCAAGAAAUACAAAGACAGCCUGUUUGUUAUGAUCGCAGUGGGCUGGGCUAAAGGUGCGGGUGGAGGCCUGAUGAGUAAUUUUGAGCAGCUGGUUCGAGGUAUUUGGAAACCUGAAACCAAUGAGCUGUUGAAGAUGACAUACCCCACUAAGGUGACUCUGAUUGGCUCAGUGCUGUUCUCUCUGCAGCAGUGUCAGUAUCUCCCCAUGCACAGGCCACAGCUGAUGCUCCUCUACACCGCCUUUAUUGUCAUCAAUAAGACGAGGAUGAUGCUUAUGGGUUCCUCUUUCUCUCUGUUGGCUGGGUUUGAGUCGGCUCUCUAUGAGGUGCUGUUUGCACGCCCUGUGAGCCACUCCCACAUCACUUCUUCUUGCUCCAGCUCAGAGGCCAAAAGCACUUCCUGUGCCACGAAUGGCUCAUCGCUUCCACACGAACAAAAAGAUUCGGAGAAGGACAAGAAAAAAACAGAAUAAUGUUUUGUUUUCUUCUUCUUUCUUUUAUUUCCUUCCUUUUCCUGCACGACUGUGAUUUUUUCUCCAAGACACUUUUCCACUUUUGCAUGUGGGUAAAAA